AUGCAGUAGCCAAAAUAAUAAUAGUUAUCAGUAUAGGCACAAAAAGAAAGAGGUAGGAUUAUAUUGCAUCUUAGAUCGUUUAAAGGCUUAACGUGAAGGAUAAUUAAAUAAAAAAGAAUAGGCUUUGAAUAAAUUAAGUGAUGAAGAAGUUGUCGCAUAACUUAAAGCUAAAGGGUUAGGUGUAUAUGGAACAAAGCAAGAAAAAUUAGAAAGAUUAAAGAAGGCAAAUGGUAUUGAUAUUGUUAAUCUUUUCAAAGGGAUUGAAGUAAGCAAAUGCGAAUCAGCACCAUAACAAUAACAAGCACCUGUUUUCUAACCACCACAACCUCCAAAAGGCUCUGUGGUUGAUAAUAUAAAAAAAAUGGAAUAAUAAAGGGAGGAACGUAGAAAAAAUAUGUAAGAAAUGAAGAGGGAAAAGGCUGAAAGAGAAGAGUAUAAUUAAAUAUUAGGUAAAAAUGUUGAUAUAGAAUUUGAAUUGAUGAUUGAUAAAAGCAGACUUAAAGGUGGAUUGAUAUAAGAGCAUUAAACAACAUAAAAUAUAAAAUUAUGUGUAUGUGUUAGAAAGAGACCAAUUUUUAAGAAAGAAGAAGUAGCUGGAGAAAUAGAUGCAAUCAGUUGUGCUAAUCCUAUGAUUCGAGUACAUGAAUCAAAAUUAAAAGUAGAUGGUAUUACAAAAUAUGUUGAAAAUCAUGAUUUUUAAUUUGAUAAUACAUUCAGUGAAGUAGAAUAAGGAAAGGAUAUAUAUGAUGUAAGUUUGGCACCAUUAAUGGAAUUGUUAGUCAAUUAAGGAGUAGUCACAUGUUUUGCUUAUGGAUAAACAGGUUCUGGUAAAACAUAUACAAUGAAGAGCAUUCAAGAAUUAUUAGUAAUAGAUCUAUACAAAUUAAUUAAUGCUUCUCCAUAAUUCAAGAUUGUUGUAUCAUUCUUUGAAAUAUAUGGAGGAAAAUGUUAUGAUUUAUUGAAUAAUAAGGCACCUUUAUAAAUAUUAGAAGAUAAAAAUAAUAAUAUUCAAGUUUAAGGACUGAUUGAAAGACCUUGUGAAUCUGAAAAUGAAUUAUUUUAACUUAUGGAACUUGCAAACUCUGUUAGAACUACUCAUGCAACUGUUGCAAAUGAUACAUCAUCAAGAUCUCACUCUAUUUGUCAAAUUAUGAUAAGAUAAGGCUAUGCUGAUAUGGGAAAACUCAUCUUAGUUGAUUUAGCAGGAUCAGAAAGAGCUUAAGAUACUCAAUCGAACAAUCGAUAAAGAAGAUUGGAAGGAGCUGAAAUCAAUAAAAGUCUUUUAGCAUUGAAGGAGUGUAUAAGAGCUAUGGAUUCAAGUUAAGGUCAUGUACCAUUUAGAGCUUCUAAAUUAACUUUAGUUUUGAGAGAUUCAUUCACAGCUAAAUCAAAUAAAUCUAGAAUUAUUAUGAUUGCAUGUAUUAGUCCAGGAAGCUCAUCUGCCGAUCAUUCAUUGAAUACACUUAGAUAUGCUGAUCGAUUAAAAGAUAAAUCAAAUUAAGCUAAAGUAUAAUUGGAAGAACGUGAAGUAUCAAAUGAAGAAUUACUUUACAGACAGCAAUAAUAAUAUGCAUAUGAUAAUAAAUCUUAAGAAAAUAAUAAUAACAAUAAUAAUAAUAACAAUAAUAAUAAUAACAAUAAUAAUAAUAAUAACAAUAAUUACAACAACAACAACAACAAUAAUAAUAAUAAAUAAUCAUAAUAAGAUAAAUAAAAUACUCCUUUAUAAUUACCUAAGAUUAAUGAUACUCGAAAUUAGAAUAAUCAAAAUGCUGCUAAUUUAAAGAAAAACUAAUCUCAAGGACCAGAUAAAGAAAAACCAAAAUCUCAACCUGUUCCACCUAAAUAAUCUAAAAGAAUAAAUUCAGUACAAGAAGAUUCAGAUGAUGAGGUAGCUGCUGAAGAAUUAGUUAACAAAAAAAAUGGAUAAGUUAAAGAAGAUGUUAGAUGUAUGAAAGAAACUAUGAUGAAAAAUGAAUAAAAUAAUGCUAAUGGAAAUGGAAAUGAAUUUUUUGAUUUUCAUGAGAAAGUUAAUACAAUUUUAGAAGAAUAAGAUGAAAUACUAAAUAUUCAUAUGGCUGCUAUAAAAGUAUAAAUAUUUUUUUAUAUAUUAAUAGGAAGAUGCAAAAUUGUUGUAAUAGGAAAGUGAAUUGAUUCAAUCUAUUUAAGGAGUAGGCAUUGUAGAUUAUGAUGUUGAUACAUAUGUGGGAAAUUUGGAAUCAUUUAUACGAAAGAAACUUAAAAUCUAUAAUUUGUUAAACAAGAAAUUGCAAGUGUUUAAGUACUUCCAAAAUAUUAAUUAAUAUUAGGACUCACUUGAAAGAGGAAGAAGAGAUCAGUUCAAAGAUGAAGAAUACAUUCUAUUAUUGA